AGCGACCCCAAGAUGGCCACCCAGCUGUAGGUCGUGAUCAGCUGUUUGAGACCUUAUACCCUUACGUAAGAAGAAGAAUGUAAUCUCUGCUUUGAUUAGAAGCACAGAUAAUACUCGGCUCAUUUCCCUUUUCUUCUCUUUUGGGCUCCAGAAUGACGGAGCCAUCUUUCCAAGGAUGCAGUAGAAUGAACUCGGCACCCUCCGCCAGGAUGUUUAUGCUUCGGGCCUUACAAAAAAUUUAUGGAGAGAAGGAAAUCCGCAAGUCACAUCACUCCCAGCUGAAAAAGGCUGUGGAACAAGCUCUUGAGGAAUUGCGCAGCGAGCUUGGAGGGCCAGACAAUGGCUCGGGUAUGGGUGCAUCUGCUGCUCUGCCAAUGCCCAAGAGUGAUGCUCCACAGUUGGAUGCUGAGAAACAUUUCCUUCCAUUUGAACUAGCUUGUCAGUCUAAGUCAGCAAAGAUUGUAGUGUCAGCACUUGAUUGCAUUCAAAAACUUAUUGCUUAUGGGCAUUUAACUGGAAACUGUGCUGACCCAAGUAAUCCCAACAAACGGUUGAUCGACCACAUUGUUGAAACAAUUUGCAAUUGUUUUAAUGGUUCCACUACGGAUAAGGAUGUAGAAAUUCAGAUAAUCAAGGCCCUGUUAACGGUGAUCACCUCUCAGUACGUUAGUGUCCAUGAAGGUACUGUAUUGGUGGCAGUACGAACCUGCUACAAUAUAUUCUUGGCAUCGAAAGACAUGAACAAUCAGGUCACUGCAAAAGCUGCUCUUACUCAGAUGAUCAACAUCAUCUUCACUCGCAUGGAGAACCAAGCAAUCGAAGAUGCUGCGGAAGAGAGUGUACGUGAACACAGCUGCAGUAUAGUGUCAUCCAAUAGUACUGGUAGCCAGGUUGCUCCAGAAGAAAAUGGACAACAAGAGUCUCAUCAUCAAGAAGAACAUGACUCGGAGCUUGGGUCUCUCUCCCAUCAAGAUCCUUCUCAGCAACAGAAUCCUCGUCCAUUCCUUGUUAGCGAUGUAACUGACUCCACAAUGAAUUCUUGUAAUGGAUUACCAGACAUAAGUGAAAAUCUAGAGAUGGCAAUACCAAAUGGGUCUGCAAUAAUUCUUCCAGAGUCUCCUCAGUGUCACCUCACCUCUCAUCAAAUUGCCACAGAAUUAGUCCAUGAUAUAGUGAAUCAAGCAGUCACAGUUGUAUCUACAGAAGAAACCAUUCUGAAGAAUGGCUGUUUAGACAGUGUAAAUGAAUUGAACAACUUGGAAGCAUUGCAUAUAUCUGAUGCAGCAGAGUCAUCCUCCCCUGAAGCAGAGGACUGUGUGUCCACUCCUGGUGUGCCACAAGAGGAUACAGGGCAGGAAGACAUGUCACCGUUAUCAACAGAGCACCGCAGUGACUCUGUGGCCUCCAACCUUCCUCUUACACCAACAUCCAUCACUAGAGUGCCCUCCCAGGAGAGUAUAAACACAAUGACUGAAGGAGACACAGCCAUGACAGCUAAACUCUCUCACACUCUCCAGAAAGAUGCGUUCUUGGUAUUUCGUUCCCUCUGCAAACUUUCCAUGAAACCCUUGCCCGAUUCUCCUGACCCAAGAUCUCAUGAACUUCGGUCCAAGAUCCUUUCCCUAGAGAUGUUGCUAUCAAUUGUGCAGAAUGCUGGCCGGGUUUUUCGUUCCAACGACACCUUCAUCACAGCUAUCAAACAGUACCUAUGUGUAGCACUUAGCAAAAAUGGUGUAUCUCCAAUUCCAGAUGUGUUUCAUCUCUCACUUGCCAUUUUUGUUGCUCUCUUGUCAAACUUCAAGGCUCACCUUAAAAUGCAAAUUGAGGUGUUUUUCAAGGAGAUCUUUCUUAACAUCCUUGAGGCAGGCAGUUCCAGCUUUCAACACAAGUGGAUGGUAAUCCAAGCACUGACACGGAUCUGUGCUGAUGCCCAGUCAGUGGUGGACAUAUAUGUUAAUUAUGACUGUGAUCUCAAUGCUGCCAAUGUUUUUGAAAGACUGGUGAAUGACUUGAGUAAAAUAGCUCAGGGAGGGCAGCCAGGAGAGUUUGGAUUUACACUGCAACAUGAGCGCAGCAUGAGGAUCAAGGGACUAGAGUGCCUUGUCUCCACCCUCAAGUGCAUGGUGGAAUGGUCCAAAGAUCUUUAUGUCAAUCCAAACACACUUUCUAAUCUAAGCCAAGAAAAAAAGAAAGAGUCUGAUGAGACAGAAGUGACCCAGUCACUAGAGGAAAAUCGUAUUUCUCUAGCACGUCAUGGGUCCCACAACUCCAUCAGUUCCUUGCAGUCUUCGUCCACUACCACCACUACUUCAACUGUUGGAGUGGACAACCCAGAGCAGUUCCAGUCACUCAAACACAAAAAAGAAAUAUGGGAGCAGGGAAUCGAAAUGUUUAACCGCAAGCCUCGGCGAGGUUUGGCAUUCCUCCAGGCACAGGGGCUCUUGGGACAAACUCCAGAGGAUAUUGCCAAGUUCUUCCAUGAUGAUGAUAGAUUGGAUAAAAUGCAAGUUGGAGAUUUUCUUGGUGAUCCAGACCUUCUUAACAAAGAGACUAUGUGUGCAUACAUCGAUCAAAUGGAUUUUCACGACCGUGAUUUUGUUCCUGCUUUGCGAAUGUUCCUGGAAGGAUUCAGAUUACCCGGAGAAGCACAGAAAAUUGAUCGUCUUAUGGAAAAGUUUGCCUCUAGAUACUGCGAGUGUAAUGCUAAUGUUGGUCUGUUUGCGAGUGCAGAUACAGCAUAUGUGCUGGCCUAUUCCAUUAUUAUGCUGACUACAGAUUUACACAGUGUGCAAGUCAAGCAUAAAAUGACAAAAGAACAGUACAUCAAAAUGAAUCGAGGUAUCAAUGAUUCCAAAGACCUUCCAGAGGAAUAUCUCUCCAGUAUAUAUGAUGAAAUUGCUGGCAACGAAAUCAAAAUGAAGGCCACCUCUACUAAACUGGGAAAACAAGCUGUUGCAAAUGAGAAGAAACGUAAAUCUCUCUUCAAUUUAGAAAUGGAAACCAUAUCAAUAACAGCCAAGUCUCUGAUGGAAGCCGCUUCACAUGUUGAUGCCACCUUUACCCUGGCAACCCACGUAGAGCAUGUCCGACCAAUGUUUAAGAUGGCAUGGACACCAUUCCUGGCUGCAUUUUCAGUUGGCUUACAAGACUGUGAUGAUGCGGAAGUGGCAUCCCUCUGCCUAGAUGGCCUUCGAUGUGCCAUCAGAAUAACUUGUAUAUUUUGCAUGACUCUUGAGAGAGAUGCCUUCGUGCAGUGCCUCGCCCGUUUUACACUCUUGACAGCUAAUUCGCCACUAACUGAAAUGAAAGCCAAGAAUGUUGACUGUAUCAAAACGCUCAUCACUGUUGCACACACUGAUGGGAAUUAUCUUGGAAAAUCAUGGCUGGAAAUCCUCAAGUGUAUCAGUCAGCUGGAGUUGGCACAAUUGAUCGGAACUGGAGUAAAACCACAGUAUAUAAAGGAUUCUGGUCUCAAGAUGCCACAUGAGACUUCAAACUUCCUUGAUGCUUUCCCAGAAUUCAUUACUGGUGAGCAGAAGAAAUUAGCUCACAUUAAAGAGUCCAUGGGUGAAACAUCAUCACAAAGUGUUGUUGUGGCUGUUGACAGAAUAUUCACUGGGUCUACACGAUUGGAUGGAGAUGCAGUGGUCCACUUUGUUCGAGCCUUGUGCCAAGUGUCCCUUGAAGAGUUAGCUGCUCCCUCUCCACGAAUGUUCUCCUUGCAGAAGAUUGUGGAAAUCAGUUACUACAACAUGGGUCGCAUCAGGCUGCAGUGGUCUCGAAUAUGGGAGGUGCUGGGUGACCACUUUAAUAAGGUGGGUUGCAACCCCAAUGAGGAUAUUGCUGUGUUUGCCGUAGACUCGCUACGGCAGUUAUCAAUGAAGUUCAUUGAAAAGGGAGAGUUCUCCAAUUUCCGCUUUCAGAAAGAGUUUCUUCGUCCAUUUGAGCACAUAAUGAAAAAGAACAGGUCACCAGCAAUAAAAGAUAUGGUUGUAAGAUGCAUAACACAGAUGGUAAAUUCUCAAGCUAAGAACAUCAAGUCAGGUUGGAAAAAUAUAUUCAGCGUCUUCCAUCUAGCAGCCUCAGACCAUGAUGAGAAUAUUGUAGAAAUGGCCUUUGAAACUACAAAAGAAAUUAUAUGUCAGAUCUACCAAAAGCACUUCAUCACAGUUAUAGAUUCCUUUCAAGAUUCUGUCAAGUGUCUGAGUGAGUUCGCUUGUAAUGCAGGAUUUCCUGAUACCAGCAUGGAAGCAAUAUCACUUAUUAGAGAUUGUGCCAAGUAUGUUGAUGAGAAACCGCAGAUGUUCCGGGAACACAACUUGGAGGACGUGACAGUAUGUGCCGAAGACAGAGUGUGGGUACGAGGUUGGUUUCCCAUUCUUUUUGAACUCUCCUGCAUCAUCACCAGAUGUAAACUGGAUGUCAGAACUCGUGCUCUUACAGUUUUAUUUGAGGUUGUGAAAAAUUAUGGAGGGUCUUACUCUUCCCAUUGGUGGAAGGACCUCUUCCAGAUUGUCUUUAGAAUCUUUGACAAUAUGAAAUUACCAGAGCAGCAAACUGAGAGCCAAGUGGAGUUAACCGAGAUACAGGCUGAGAAGAAUGAGUGGAUGACAACGACGUGUAACCACGCCCUGUAUGCCAUUGUGGAUGUGUUUACCCAGUAUUUUGAAGUGUUAAGUCCUAUGCUCUUGGAAGACCUGUACACGCAACUCCGCUGGUGUGUUCAGCAGGAUAAUGAACAGCUUGCUCGCUCAGGUACCAACUGUCUAGAAAACCUUGUGAUUUCCAAUGGACCAAAACUAAGCCCUACCACAUGGGGUAAAACCUGCCAGUGCCUCUUGGAUAUCUUUCAUUCCACAUUACCUCAUGCUCUUCUCUCAUGGAAACCACCUGAGCCAAGCUCUGGCCACCAGGUCAGCAGUAGAUCAGUGAAUGGCGACUCUCGGGCAUUUACAGGGCUACUAAUCCGCUGUGUUGUUCAGUUGGAACUCAUCCAGUGCAUUGACAACAUUGUAUUUUUCCCUGCUACUAGUAAAAAGGAGGAUCAAGAAAAUUUAGCAAUGGCACAGGCUGGGGAUGCAGCGAUCCAAGUGACUCGUGAGCAGCGUGAGGACCAGGGCAUGUAUCGUCACUUAACUGCCAGCCAACUAUUCAUACUUUUAGAUUGCCUUAUGGCAUCACAUUCUUUUGCAAAAGCUUUCAACUCCAAUCAUGAACAAAGAAACCUUUUGUGGAAAGCAGGUUUUAAAGGUAGUGUCAAGCCUAAUUUACUAAAGCAGGAGACCCAGUCACUGGCAUGUGCUCUGAGGAUACUUUUCCGCAUGUUGGCUGAUCCGUCCAGAGAAGAGGAAUGGCCUCAGGUACAAGAACGCCUCAUUUGUGUGUGUCGUUCUGGGCUGGAGUAUUUCUUGUCACUUCCUGAGUCACAUCGAGAGGCAUGGACCAAUCUCAUUCUUCUAUUCCUUACUAAUAUCCAUAAGAUGUCCAAUGAUCAGUUUGCUGCUCAUGCUUCCAACUACUAUCCAUUUUUAUGUGAGAUAAUGUGCUUCAAUCUCAAGCCGGAAUUACGAGCUGUUCUACGCCGCUUCUUCCUACGUAUCGGUAUUGUAUUUAACAUAACCCACCCAAGCAUCCGAAAUCACACUACAUCAACAUCCUCAGUAUGCUCUAAUUCUCAUUUGAAAGAUUCUCCUUUGAAUGAGCAGUGAGGUUUUGAGCAAGUAUAUCUCACAGACUUCAGUUAUUUGGAAGGCAGUCUUAUGUUGGAUACAAGGCUGAGAUACCAACAGUAAGUCUUAUGUUGGAUACAAGGCUGAGAUACCAACAGUAAGUCUUAUGUUGGAUACAAGGCUGAGAUACCAACAGUAAGUCUUAUGUUGGAUACAAGGCUGAGAUACCAACAGUAAGUCUUACGUUGGAUACAAGGCUGAGAUACGAACAGUAAGUCUUAUGUUGGAUACAAGGCUGAGAUGCCAACAGUAAGUCUUAUGUUGGAUACAAGGAUGAGAUACCAACAGUAAGUCUUAUGUUGGAUACAAAGCUGAGAUACCAACAGUAAGUCUUAUGUUGGAUACAAAGCUGAGAUACCAACAGUAAGUCUUAUGUUGGAUACAAGGCUGAGAUACCAACAGUAAUUAUGUUAGAUACAAGGCUGAGAUACCAACAGUAAUUCUUAUGUUGGAUACGAAGCUGAGAUACCAACAGGAUGGAGUAAAAGAAAUACAUGCAGGGAAAUAAAGAACAAAAAGGCACAGCACUGUGACUGAAACAUUACACAAACCUGCAAAUAGGAGAGAGAAACUUUCGAUGACGUUAUGUUCCUUUACCGUCAUGUGUUAGUGUGACUUUAAUGGUCCAAGUUGGAAUGAAAUGUUGUUAUAAGUUUCCUUCUCUUAUAUGUAGGUUAUUUGUGUAAUGCAGGGCAAGCUUGUAUUGUCACAUUCUACUUUAUGUGAAGCUUUAUAAACACUUAAUGAUUAGGACUUGACAAAACUUUACACAGAAUGACACAUUGUAACUAUAAAAGCUUCUUAAUGCAAAUAAUAAUCGGCAAAAGAGAAGAUCAGUAAAUUUUAGUGAUCCCCAUGAUGUGGCAGUUGGUAUACUUAUUAAAUUUUGUGUCAGCAUUUAUUUGUCAUUGCAGUUGUAGAUAAUGUAAUUUGAUAUAAUUUUUUAUUCAUGUGAAGCAUCUUUAUCAUAUUUUAUAUGGAUAUUUUGUAAAUGUUAUAAUAGUAUGGGCUGUUGAACCAAACCUGAUUUAUGUAGGCAAUAUACACAUAAGGUUUACUUUCGCUAUUAAAAGUCAUUUUGUA